GGCGUGUCUGGCAGGAGCUCACAGCCCAACGACACUGAGAUGACGCGUGUGGGAGACGGUCGACAAAUCAACUCCGCCGCAUGAAAGCGAGCGUGUGAGGGGCGUGCACUGAGAUCCUAUGACCGGGAACAGAACUGUUGUUUCCGUGUCGCUGCAUAUCCACUAGGCUCUUCCAGCAGAAUGUUUUGAUCGCCAACGCUUUGGCUGUGUGGAUGAGUGAGUGACUGGUGGCUUGACGGCGCAGAAAACCGCUCUAUUGCGCUGCUCCUCCACCGGAACAACCAAACGCACGGAAGCCGUGGGAAUUGGAGGAUACAGAGGCUAUACCAGCAGCACACUGCUAAAACCUGGACACAUACGGCCUUAAGAUGACUAUGUCGGUCCCGGAGAGAAAAUCAGGCUCUGAGGGGAAGGAGGAGGAGAGCGAGGAUGAGAGUGAGAUCCUGGAGGAGAGCCCGUGUGGCCGCUGGCAGAAGCGCAAAGAGCAGGUGAGCCAAGGAAAUGUUCCCGGAGUGGAGAGUGCGUCUUUGGCCAUGGACACAGAGGAGGGAGUCGAGGUGGUCUGGAAUGAGGUGCUCUUCUCUGACAAGAAAGUCUUCAAGGCGCAGGAGGAUAAAAUUAAAGAAAUGUUCGAAAACCUGAUGCAAGUUGAACACCCCAACAUUGUGAAAUUCCACAAAUACUGGCUCGACAUGAAGGAAAGCCAGGCUAGGGUUAUUUUCAUCACUGAGUACAUGUCCUCUGGCAGCCUCAAGCAGUUUCUCAAGAAGACCAAGAAGAACCAUAAGACUAUGAAUGUGAAGGCUUGGAAAAGAUGGUGCACUCAGAUUCUGUCAGCUCUGAAUUAUCUGCACUCGUGUGACCCACCAAUAAUCCACGGAAACUUGACCUGUGACACCAUUUUUAUCCAACACAACGGCCUCAUCAAGAUUGGCUCAGUGUGGCACCGACUAUUUGUAAAUGUAUUCCCAGAUGCGAGUGUCCAUGGUAAGGGCAGGCAGCACCGCGAUGAGCAAAGGAAUCAACACUUUUUUGCCCCAGAAUAUGGUGCUUGCGCAGAUGAUUAUGCCAUAGACAUUUUCUCCUUUGGCAUAUGUGCUCUGGAGAUGGCAGUUCUAGAGAUCCAAGCCAAUGGAGACUCUGCAGUGUCCAAAGAGGCUAUUGUCAAUGCAGGUCAAUCACUGGAAGACCCUCUCAUGAGAGAGUUCACCCAGUCCUGUUUGCGCCACGACGCCAAGUUCCGCCCCACAGCUCAUGACCUUCUGUUUCACCGGGUCCUGUUUGAAGUCCACUCCCUCAAACUGCUUGCUGCCCACUGCCUCAUCAAUAACCAAUACCUGCUUCCAGAAAACUGUGUGGAAGAGAAAACCAAGUCCUUUGACCCUAAUGCAGUAAUGGCUGAAAUCAGGCAUGAUGACAGACCAGGAGUGCAGCUCAAAUAUUCUCAUGUAUCUCCAUUAGAACUUGACAAGUUUUUAGAAGAUGUAAAGAAUGGGAUCUAUCCUUUAAUGAACUUUGCGUCUUCUCGGCCGCACCCCGUCCCACGAGCUCUGUCGUUGUCCCAAGAGCAGGUGGAGACAGUCAAGACGCCCACCCCAGAACCUCAGGAGACUGAGACCAGGAAGGUUGUUCAGAUGCACUGUAAUUUGGAAUCAAAUGAAGAAGGGACCAAAACACAUCUAUCUCUAUUUUUAAAGAUGGAUGACAAACUUCAUCGGCAGCUAAGCUGUGACAUUCUUCCAACUGACACCUCCAAAGACCUUGCAAGUGAACUUGUUCAUUACGCCUUCAUUAAUGAGGAGGACAGUGACAAAGUGGCAGGCUUCCUGGAGGAUGCCAUUAGUCGACAUCGAGUGCGAGGGCUUGUGUCUGCAGUGGCACAGUGAGCAAAGUGGCCCUAACAGAGACCCUGGGACUGCCUGGAGUGAGCAGAGGACAGCUGAGGACACACAGCUGGGACAGGGAGAGCCAAGCCCCUGUUGUGGAUGAUAUGUACAGAGCCACAGUGCAACAGUCUGGAAACUCCCUCACACAGCGAGCAGCAGAAGCACGGCUUUGAUGGCUCUUCAUUCCCACAUCAGUCUAAAGUGGAACAUUAGCAAACUCCCUGUCUAAAGGGCUUUCAUGCCUACUUUGACUUAAGAGACCUCUACAUUUUAUUUUAUAGAUGAUGAUGAGCCUCAUUUGCACUCUGUCUAGUUUAAAAUGUGCAAACAAAGCUGUAAAAGUAUACCCCCUCCAUUUACAGGCCAAAACAUUGAUUUUUAAAGGAAGAUGCCCAUCCACCAUAUGCUGUUAAUAGAUAUUCUGUUUGUGUUUGACUAUGAACCAUAUGAUCAUUGUGCAAUGUGCACAUUUUCAUAACAUACUAUUUCCACAAGCCUUUAUGUUUGUCAAAGCCAAUACACUAUUACAUUACAUGUAAUGUUUCUCCCAGUUCUAAAACAUGCCACGUCUCAAUUAAGGGGGAAGAGAUUCUGCUUCUUUAGCCCGUAGUGCUCUUCAGGGUUCAGCCCUGCACAAGUAUUAUAGAAGCCAAAGACCUGAAAAGUGCCUGCAUGGCAGUCUACAGCAUAGAAUUGGCAUCUUUCUCAACACAGUGGAACAAAACUCUUUUUUUAUGUAUGUAUUUGAGGUAUUUUAUGAAAGAAUUCUUAGAAAUUGCUCUCACAUUCAAAGUAGCAUCUGCUAUGCACAUGGUAAAUUGAUUCUGGUAAAUCUAUAGAUAGAAUAUUUUAGGGUCCAUUAUCAAAUCAAACCAAACAUAAAAUUGCCAUAGUGUUAGGUUAAUUAUUUCUUUUGAUUGUUGUAUCCAUUUUUAUCAACUAAAAUUAUGUGCUCUUUUUACAUGUGUCUUAUAUGCAUCUGCUGUGCUGUGCAGUAGAUUUGCAUGUAGAUUGUCAUCACAGUCAUGAUGCAAUUUUGCCAUUUUAAAUUUGUUUUCCUCUUUGUACCAUUUAUGGCAACAUUGCAGAAUGUACUAUAAAUUAUAUAAUGCUUGGUUUACAUUUUUCAUCAGAGACGUGUCAAUGACAAAGUGACAGAUGUCCAACAUACAUCAUAUUGUUGUUUGUUACCUUUGUUUUGUCUGUUUAAAUGUUUCUCUUUGACUGUAGGCUACAGUAUUGCAGUUGUCAGUUGUCAAGCAGUUAUAUUAUAAUUAUACAGCAAAGUCCGGGGAUCAUUUGGCAAAUUUUCCCUGAGAUUCACCUAGUUCAGACUGCUAUUGUUUGUGGCUACUGGCUAGUAGGUCAUUCACUUAGAGCAGGAUCACAAAACCAGUAGCCUACCACUCAUGUACUCAUUUGAUCUGGCAAACAGCAUGUCUUAAUAUCCUGCACUGUGUGGCUGUGUCCAUUGGCCUAAUACUGCAUCUUGCCUAAAUAAAGUUAUUAUGAAUUAUCAGAAUCAUCAAGAUUCUGGGAUCUGACAAAGAAAAUGAAUGUUUUGACUGUGCAAACAAAUAAAUGAUGUCCAUUUAAUUUAAUUACAUACUUUUUAUUCUGUGAAUAUGUGGAAUGGAACUGGCCUCUGAAUGUGUUCUAUAGGUACUUAAUUAAAUAUUUGUAAAAUGUUGUCUAGGCAAUGCAAUUAAUUACUCAACAAUAAACAAAGUGAGAAAAUAUCGU